AUGACAGAACAAGAUGUGGAAAACGAGCUGCUGGAUUACGAGGAAGAUGAAGAGCCCCAGGCUCCUCCCGAGAGCACUCCAGCUCCACCCAAGAAGGAUUCCUACGUGUCCAUUCACAGCUCUGGCUUCCGGGACUUCCUGCUCAAGCCGGAGCUGCUGAGGGCCAUUGUGGACUGUGGCUUUGAGCAUCCGUCUGAGGUUCAGCACGAGUGUAUCCCCCAGGCCAUUCUGGGAAUGGACAUCCUGUGCCAAGCCAAGUCUGGGAUGGGCAAGACAGCCGUUUUUGUUCUGGCCACCCUGCAGCAGAUUGAGCCGGUUGACGGACAGGUGAUGGUCCUGGUCAUGUGCCACACUCGGAAGCUGGCCUUCCAGAUCAGCAAAGAGUAUGAGCGCUUCUCCAAGCACAUGCCCAAUGUCAAGGUGUCAGUGUUCUUCGGUGGCCUGUCGAUCAAGAAGGAUGAAGAGGUGCUGAAGAAGAACUGUCCCCAUGUCGUCGUGGGGACCCCAGGCAGCAUCCUGGCGCUUGCGCGGAACAGGAGCCUCAACAUGAAGAACGUGAAGCGCUUCGUGCUGGACGAGUGUGACAAGAUGCUGGAGCAGAUGGACAUGCGGCAGGACGUGCAGGAGAUCUUCCAGCUGACGCCCCACAUGAAGCAGUGCAUGAUGUUCAGUACCACCCUAAGCAAGGAUAUCCGGCCCGUCUGUAGGAAGUUCAUGCAAGACCCCAUAGAGGUGUUUGUGGACGAUGAGACCAAGCUCACGCUUCACGGGCUGCAGCAGUACUACGUCAAGCUCAAAGACAGCGAGAAGAACCGCAAGCUCUUUGACCUCUUAGACGUGCUGGAGUUCAACCAGGUGGUGAUCUUCGUGAAGAUGGUGCAGCGCUGCAUGGCCCUAGCCCAGCUUCUUGUGGAACAGAACUUCCCAGCCAUAACCAUCCACCGGGGCAUGUCCCAGGAGGAGCGUUUGUCCCGCUAUCAGCAGUUCAAGGAUUUCCGGAGACGUCUGCUGGUGGCCACCAACCUGUUUGGUCGAGGAAUGGACAUCGAGCGCGUCAACAUCAUCUUCAACUAUGACAUGCCUGAAGACUCCGAUCCCUACCUCCAUCGGGUAGCCCGUACAGGUCGCUUUGGCACCAAAGGCCUGGCUAUCACCUUUGUGUCUGACGAGAAUGAUGCCAAAACCCUCAGUGAAGUUCAGAACCGGUUUGAGGUGAACGUGGCACAGCUUCCCGAUGAGAUCGACAUUUCUACAUACAUUGAACCGAGUUGA